AUGGUAACAAAAGAAGCAGCUAUGUCUUUCUCGCAGUUUGGCUAUCCUUACAAUGCAACGUCACAGUUUUUCGUGUCGGCAAACCCCAGUACGACUUGCUGCGAUUCGAUUUCCAGGUCGGUCUCUGAUGGGUCCAGUGGGUCCCAGACGGCCGCGUCCACGUUCUGCUGUCCCUCCUACGAGAACCGGCUUUUGGCAAGCACACGCACUGAGCUCAACGCCGCGCUCGGGAUGUACAGUUCACCGUAUGCAGCUGCAGCCGCCGCGAGCCAGAACUACGCAAACUACUUUCCCUACAGCCCGGACCCUUCAGCAAUCUAUUCAACACUGAAUCCCCAGUAUGACAUCAAAGAAAGUGCUGGUGGUUUACACACUGGAAUAACCCAGCCUACAGCCUACUACCCAUAUGACCACUCACUGGGCCAGUACCAAUAUGACAGGUAUGGAACUGUGGACUUCAACGGGUCAGCGAGAAGGAAAAAUGCCACGCGUGAAACCACGAGCACCCUAAAAACGUGGCUUUACGAACACAGGAAAAACCCGUACCCCACCAAGGGGGAAAAGAUCAUGCUGGCCAUCAUCACCAAAAUGACCCUCACCCAAGUGUCCACCUGGUUCGCCAACGCCAGGAGGAGACUAAAGAAGGAGAACAAGAUGACCUGGUCUCCCAAGAAUAAGGCAGGAGACGAGCGCAAGGAUGACCUAGACAAGGAAGACCAAGAGGACUGUUCCACCAAAGAUUCCAAAGAGUGUAAGGAGGAGAAGGACCUUCACCUGAGUGACCUGGACGACAUGGAGGACGAGGACUGUGACAAGCUGGACGCCAGCAGCAGCGACUGUGAGAAGCUCGCACAGGACGAGCAGCAGGUGCUCCAUCACCACCGCCACCACCACCUCCACCACACCACCACCACCAGCAUGUCCAAUACCACCACCACCACGCCUGGGGCCCCAAACCCAAAGAGAGACUGCAACAACCCCAAGCUCUCCCUCGCCUCCUUCCCCUCCUUCCCUUGCAGCAUCAAGGGGGUGACGGCAGCCCUCACCACCCCCACCACCACAGACUUCCUGGACCCCGUAGCCUCCAGCAAGCUGCCGUCAUCAGGCAUCUCCUCCAUCACGGGAGGCCUGUCGCUGUCCCACUUCGAGAGCGCCUCGGACAAGCCCCGGAUCUGGUCUCUGGCCCGCACGGCGGUGGCGGCCACCGGUUGCUUGCAGAGUGGCGGUGGCGGCGCCCUAAGGACUGGAAACCCGGCCGUGGAUUGCCAGCUGCAGCAGCAGGCCGCCUCGGCCGCCGUCGCCUCUGCCCGGCUUCCGGUGUCGGUGUCGGGCGCUGGGGGUCACUGCAGGGGUCUCCUCCAGGACCCCACCUCCACCGGCAGCCUUCAGGCACCGCCAUCGUCGCUCAGCAAGGUCUACCACGCGGACACCUACAGUAACCACCACAAGGCCCUGCAACUGCACUGCUCGUCCUACCCUGUGCUCUCUGACACGUGCCAGUAUUCCACCAUCGAUGGUUUCUCCUGCAGUGGAAAAUCGGAGGCAGAGUCCAGUGAGCUCAGCGACUCGUGUAUAACAAUGCAGGACGGCAAGGUUACAGCUUUCAGACCUGUGAUGAAGAGGUGAGGAAGAAUGGUUGAGAUGCAGCCAAAAAGCGGUGGGACGUUUAUAUAAUGUCAAAUAUGCACUAUGGA